AUGGUUUGUACUCUCACCUUCCCCCACUACUAUUCGUACAUAUUUAUUCCACUAUCACAGUUACGACUAGCACAAUCCCAGGUACCACAGGCUGCUACCAGAACUCGCGCAGUGUCGAUUUCUUCAUGCCAUUUCUUCUCUUGUUUGUGUUUUCAUUGGGAUUGGUCUUCCUCACACUCAUACGUGUCAUACAGAGCUGGCGGACAGCCAAAGGCUCUCUGCAAGCCGCUCUGGCGAAGCAUAAUAUAUUCUACUAUACACGUAGUUUGUUUCUCUCGACCGUGAACGUCUUCAUGCCAGUCUUUGUCCUUGCGAUCCUCGCCACGCGCAUGCACCUCCAUCUCUGGCAUAGCGACUGCCACGUGCACGGCUCUGAUACCCUCGUAUACAUUUCCACGUUCGAUUUAUCACCUGCAGACUGUACGGUGUAACGUCUUAUCGUGUGGUUUAUUCUGCGUUGUUGGUAGAGUGAGGCUUGGACUCUUUUCGACCAUGGGAUGACUGGUCCCGGUGGCUUGGUUGCGUUUUGGAUGUCCUUGAGUUUUUGAAAUGAAUUUUUGUCAGGACAG